AUGUAUUCUAUUGACGAACCAGGCACGGAUGUUCAACGCGAGUCCACCAGCUCCGAAGGGGACCAGGUGCAAAACUCAAAUCGCUUUGCACCUCUACAAAGUGAUGAUGACUCGUUUGAAGGUAGUGGAAUUCAAGAAUUCGACGAGGUUGAAGUGGUGGCGGUGAAAAAGAAUGCCUCCAAGGCGCCUGAGUCGUCGGAUGAAGAUGAAGACACUGAAGCUGACGACACUAACGACAGGGAGAACAUUGUGGACGAUGCAAUGGAGGAAGACGAUGAUGACGAACGGGUCAAUACCGCUGGGGCGAACCCGCCCGAUGAGGCCAUGGACAACAACACUCUACCCUUGACUUCUCGUAAACUUACGGCAACACAAGACUCAGCAGGUACAGGGACCUUUAUGGAGCCCUCGGAAACAACUCCUUCUUGCGUUCAACGUCCCCCAACACUGGCCGAACGGAUCUCGAACCUCAUUCAGGUGAACAUGGAAGGGAUACCAGGCAAGUGUCACAUCUUUGAGACUACUUUCUCCUUGGACUAUCAAGGGUCGGAUUCAGGAACUGUGGCGGAGGCGCUCUUGCCGACAGUUCUGACGUCUAUGGAGGAAGCCAUCAACAAUUCCCCUAAUGAAUUGAAGCUUCUUCCGAUCUCUGAUACCACAUAUAAGCAACCGAAUCUUUGGAUUCGAAACUCAGUAGAUUUACGUAA